UUACUUGGCAUUUUGUUUUUUCUGCCAAUCACGAGAAAGUAUUAAAAAAUUGGAAUUUAGGUGCUACUGUGAUAGGAGCGUCUCUGUGAUUUUGAUACUAAAGCCAUUUUCAUUGGUUUAAAUUCAGUCAAAAUUAAGUUUUCGGAAAGUUUUGAAUAAAUGCUGGCGGUUUGAUUUCGUCGGCAAUAUUUUGGACAGUGAAUAUUUUGACAAUGGCUAUAUUAUAUUUAUUUAGCUGAAUUAUGAACAUCCAUAACAAUCAUAAUACACAAUGGCUCUAAGCGGGUUUAGAAAGAUAGAAAAUGAAGCGGGCUACCCGUGUUAUAUCGAUGAAUCAACUGGAAGACAGCAAAAUGACCAUCCAGAGUUCUGCAAGAUCAUGGAAUCUCUGGAAGAGUACAACGGGAUUAAAUACAGCGCGUAUCGUAUCGCCUUCAAGAUGUUUGCCCUGCAGAGACAGCUUAGAGUUCCAGCCCUACGCAUCAGUUCCGGAGUGUUCGCUCGCCACCAGCUAAGCCUAUCAGAGACCAGCUUAUCACUGGACACAGGGGAACUGGAGGCUGUGCUGGCCGACAUAUACUUUGCUGCGGAGAAGGAAGGCCUGUUCACAGGGGACGUUGACUUGGCGGUGGACUUGUUGAUCAAUCUGCUGCUGAAUGUGUAUGACAAAGACAGAAAAGAGCCAAUCAGAGUGCUAGCCGCUAAGACGUUGCUUGUCAUCCUAAGUGAGGAGUCGGUGUCAGACAAAUGGGCAGCCCUAGCCAACUGCUGCGCGGACCACAACGGCUGCGUGUCGCCGCGGCGGCUGGCGGCGCUGUUGUCGAAUGUAGCCGCCCUGCCAGAGUUAUUGGGCGAUCCGUGCGAACAGAUACAGAGCGACAUCGACAGUUGCUUUGAUAAGAGCGCCGGCAUGCUGGGCGCGCCGGCGCGGGCGGUGGCGGCGUGGGGCGCGGGCUGCGCGCGCGCCGGCUGGCUGGCCGCGAGCGCCCGGGUGCGCGCCAGCAGGAACAGCUCCUGCGUCAGCGCUGCUUGUGCCAAGUGUCGGGAACCACUCAUACAGGUUCUAAAAUUCAAAUGCUCAAAAUGCUGCGAUACAUACUUCUGCGAAAAGUGCUACUUGUAUGACAAAGACUUGACGACAGUCAGCGGGCACAAGAAUACUCAUUUAGUUCACGAAAUUAUUGAUGGAGAGACUAAACCACAAGAAUGUCUAAGCUUCAUCAAAACCAUGAGACGUUUCUUCUUCUGCACCAAAACUAGAAAGAAGGCCAAGAAGAAGACCACAAAGAAAGCGACUAGCAUGUCGAAAGAGAAGGAGAUAGUUAAGAAAGAGAGGCCGGCUAUGUUCACGUCGACUGUUGGCAAGGCGUCGGGACACGUGAAUAAUAACCCGGCGAGCAUGCUGCAGGAUAUUAUAGUGCAGUUGGAAACACAGAAUAAAGCUCUAGAAGAACUGUCGAAUCAGUUACAAAAUACGAAAGAACCAGAAGAGGGGCUGAGGGUAAAAGUGGACGCUCACUGGAGUCAGAUAUCCAAGCAAAUAAACAGGCUGAAAAUACUAAAGGAAAACCUCUCAUCCAACACAACACUACCUACAGCAGAACCUGCACACCCCCAAGCCUUCGAUCUCUUCAGCCCCAUACCAACACUAGAACAGAGCGACAAGCGCUCCAAGCUGUCCCAGGCUCCGAGAGUACUGAGUUUAGACUCCGGGAACUUCUCUGUGAUGUCCAAACAGGAGCCGCUUGUGACAGUGUCCGGAGAUGCCCUGAAGCCGGUGAUGGUUCAUAAGUCGGACAGUAUAUCAACGGUUUCUAUGAAGGAUAUUAGCAAUUGGUAUAAUGAAACCGAGCACGGAAGCAAGCAAAUAGCAGACUGCACAUCCCAAUCCAUAUCAGCGACAGAGCAAAAGUACGCGGCCGACAUCCGCUCAGUAGAGACUAGUAACGACAAGAUGAAGGAACUGAACGCGGACUUGGACACGGUACUGGACCGGUUGCAGCAGAUAUUGACUAAUAACUUCGCUAUGGAUGAAUCUUCGUUCGACAACAACCAACUACGGGAAACCGCGAACGAGAUGGAAGGCUUGCUCGGAACGCUCAUCCGAGGCGUGGAACAGAGAGCUACCCUUAAUGCCACUAAGGGGUUAGUUUAG